UACCCCAAUGGUUUGACACACUUAAUGAUGAUCAAAAAAAAAUGUGCUCGCGAAUCUACGAACUUUGGGGAACUUACUAUAAAAAAUAUGAAACUUUAGAAGAUAAUCAAAAAGAUACAUAUCUAAAAUUUGAUGGAAAUUUUUUUGUUUUGGGUGGUAGAUUUAAUGAAAUGUACUACUGGGACACUUAUUGGAUAGUUAUAGGAUUAGUGGCCUGUGAUUUAGAAGAUGAAGCUUUUAAUUUAAUUAAAAGCUUCGUAAAUAUUAUCGAAAGUAAAGGAUUUAUUCCUAAUGGUACAAGAAAAUAUUAUUUAAAUCGGUCACAGCCACCAUUUUUCCCGCAUAUGCUAUUUUAUUUGUAUGAGAAUACUGAGAAUCAAAAAAUAAGAAAUUUUAUUCUUAGCAAAGGAUUAGACGCCGCUAUUGAAGAACAUAGAUUUUUUAUGAAAGUUAAAGUUACAGGGGAAGAAACUGAGAAUACUUUUAAUGUUUAUAAAGUUUAUAGCGAUAAACCUAGAUUUGAGUCCUAUAAAGAUGAUCUUAAAACCUAUAAAAAUUCUAAUUAUAAUGAAAACAUCUACAGUAAUAUAGCAACUGCCGCCGAAUCUGGCUGGGAUUUUUCAUCUAGAUGGUUAAUUGACGACAAUCUUUUGCAUACUAAUGAUAUUAUUAAUAUUGUUCCAGUAGAUUUAAAUGCGAUAAUGCUACGCAAUGAACAAAUUAUUCACUAUUUUUUAAAUAUCAAAUCUAAUAUUAAAGGUGAUUUGUCGUCAACGACGAGUGUAAAGCUUUAUCGGGAUGCUGUUAAUUAUCGAUUAACGGCUAUUAAUAAUUUUUUGUGGAACAAGAAUGAAGGUGUCUGGAAUGAUUUUAAUACAAAAACGAAAAAGUUUACAGAUAAAAAAUUUUAUAUUUCAAAUCUCUAUCCAUUAUUUUGGAUGAAAGACGUGUCAAAAAAUACGAUUUAUUCGAUUUUAUACAAAUAUAAACAAGAAUUAUUUGGGUUUAUAGGUGGUAUUCCAGUGAGUGGAAAAUCCGAAAAUGAGCAGUGUAAUCAACAAUGGGAUUAUCCUAAUGUGUGGGCACCUUAUACACAAUUAUUUAUUGAAUUUUUAUUAAAAAGUGAUGAAAAAGAAUUGGCACUGCACGCAGCAAGAUCUUUCUAUUUAAGUGUAAAAGAUAAAUUUUUAAAUAGUGGCUAUUUUUUUGAAAAAUACAACUGUGAGAAUUUAGGAAAACAAGGGGAUGGCGGCGAAUAUGCUGUAGUGAACGGAUUUGGAUGGACCAAUGGAACAAUAGUAUGGUUAAUAAAAACGUUUAAUAAAGAAUUGGAUAUUGAAUUUGAUCAUAAAGAAUCAUAUGAAAAAAUAGUCAAGUAUUUGGAGAAUAAAUUGCAAACACAAAACGAACAUACAGAAACAACUUCAAAUUAA